CGGGGCUGAGGCGCGCGCGCCGCGUCCCGGGGAGACCCAGCAGCGCAGCCGCUCGCGCUCCGGCUCCGGCCGCCCGCUCCGAGCCGGGGAGAUGGAGCCGGCAGCCGCUGGGAAAGGCUCGUCCGCGGCUGGCCAAGCGGCCGGCGGGGCGCAGGAGGCCGGGACGCCGCAGCGCUGGGAGGAAGCCAAGACUUUCUAUGACAGCCUGACCCCUAAAAAGAAACCCAAACCACCAAAGCCUGAGAACGCAAUCACAAUCGCAGUGUCCUCACGGGCUCUCUUCCGCAUGGAGGAAGAGCAGAAGAUUUACACAGAGCAAGGGGUGGAGGCAUAUGUGAAAUACCAGCUGGACCAUGAGAAUGAACCCUUCCUACCCGGCGCUGCCUUCCCAUUUGUCAAGGCCCUUGAAGCUGUCAACACUCAGUUGCGAGAGCUCUACCCCGACAGCGAAGAACUUUUUGAUAUUGUCCUCAUGACCAAUAACCACGCCCAGGUCGGAGUCCGCCUGAUCAACAGCAUCAAUCAUCACAAUCUGUUCAUCGAGAGGUUCUGCAUGACGGGAGGGAACAGCCCCACUUGCUACCUGAAGGCCUAUCACACCAACCUGUACCUCUCCUCUGACGCCGAGAAAGUGAGUGAGGCCAUUGAAGAGGGAAUCGCCGCGGCCACCGUGUUCAGCCCCAGCAAAGACGUGAAAGUGUCGGAGAACCAGCUGCGGGUGGCGUUUGACGGGGACGCUGUCCUCUUCUCGGAUGAGUCGGAGCAGAUCGUGAAGGCGCACGGCCUCGACAUGUUCUUUGAACACGAAAAGGCUUAUGAGAACAAGCCGCUGGCCCAGGGGCCGCUGAAAGGCUUUCUGGAAUCCCUGGGGAAGCUACAGAAGAAGUUCUACUCCAAGGGUCUGAGACUGGAGUGUCCGAUUCGCACCUACCUGGUCACUGCCCGGAGCGCUGCCAGCUCUGGGGCUCGUGCCCUAAAGACUCUCCGCAGCUGGGGACUAGAAACCGACGAAGCCCUGUUCCUGGCUGGGGCCCCCAAGGGGCCGCUGCUGGAGAAGAUCCGUCCGCACAUCUUCUUCGACGACCAGAUGUUCCACGUGGAGGGGGCGAAGGAGAGUGGCACCAUCGCGGCCCACGUCCCGUACGGCGUAGCACAGAAGCAGAGGCGGAUGGCGCAAGAGAAACAAACCAAGAACAGCAAGUAGCGUUGCUGGCGGUGACUGCAGGUGCUCGCUGGUUGGGUAGCUACCCAAACCAUCCCUGACCAGGGCACCGUGCGUGGAUUGAUAUCCGGGUCUGCAGGGGCUGAGCGUCUUUGUUGAUUAGUAUUGAAGUUGUAGGUGCCUUGUCCGGGUGGGUUGAAGGAAAGGUUUCCUUUUGCCUAUGUGUGUUGCACUUUAUUGACCGUCUCUGACCCUCCAGCCCCAAAUCACCCCCCAUGCCCCAUGCAUAAAGGUCAGAAGGGUCAACCAAUGCCUAAUCCCUCCUCUGCUACCUUUGCUCCUGCGUCUCAGCAUCAGCCGUUGCUGACUUGUGCCACAUUGGCUGUCACCUCAUCUCCACACCUGCCUCAAAACCCUCAUGCCUAAGCCCAGCACCAGCCAUCCUGAUCCUGCUAUGCCUCCUCUGGGGUUCCGGGGCCCAUAAAAACCCAGAGAGGAGCUCACGCUUAAGUUCUGCACCAGAUGUUCUCCACAAAGCUUGGAGAACUUAAACCAAAACCCAGCCAGACUUGAUAAGUCUACAGGAGGGGGGACCUUGCAUUGGACAGGAUCUGUGAGAACCGGGCUCCCCUUCUGUGGAUCUUAUAUUCCAACCCAAUUUAAACUUUUGGUGCUCAUUUAAAAAAAAAACAGGGAAAUUCCCAGUCCAAGAACUCUGAUAUAUUUAAAAAAAAAAAAAAAGAAGUCAAGGCUGACAAUGUGUUUCCGUGGAAUCCAGCUUACACGCAGGAACAAUGAUCCGCUAUUGUUACAAAACAUUGACAGUUUUAAAUUUUAAACGGACUGGAAAUGAGGUUAAGGGAUGCAGCCAAUUUCCCACCACUGUUGCUGCCCCCACCCAACCUUCAGUUUAUCUGCUCAUGUUUGAGAAAACAGAAACUCUAGAUAGGAAAAUGUCAAGCCCUAUUUCCUAGUCAGCGUUUUGGGCCAAUAUGUGAUGGCCCAAAUUUGGGUGCUACUAUUGGAUACCUAAAUCCAUAAGUGGCACCUGGAAAAAAAGCCUCUCAACCUGAGCAUCUGAAAACUGAGCCACAUAAAAUCAGAAACCACUUUUCAAAAUGUGGCUUCCUGGCCUCUGGACCCAGGCUGGGAAUAUGUGUAAGUUGAAAGACCGUCCCAACCUAUGGUGGGUGAGGGGGGAGAGACAGAUAUUUUCUUGAAAUCGACAAUUACAUCCGCUGAGAAUUUGAGCCUGAGUCUUUCGUUAACCAUAGCAAAAUUCAAGUUUCAUUCAAACCGAGGCCACUGUGCAAUUGAUCGUCCUUCUCCUGGUACUUUCCUAAAACCUGUGGUGUCUCCUGAAGUAGACAGAUCCUGCUAACACAGUGGGAAAGAAGUAAAUCCCCAAUUCCGAGAGGUUUCAGAGGGGUAGCCGUGUUAGUCUGAGGUGGGUUCUAGCCCACAAAAGCUAAUUCCCAAAUAAAUGUGUUAGUCUCCAAGAUGCCACAAGACCUCCUCGUUGUUUUUGCCACUUCAGAAAGGAAUCAGUCAGAGAACUGUUCUGAAAGCCGUGUAUGGAAUUCACUCCACAUUUUUAGUGCAGAUUGGAGGAACGAUAGAAGGUUAAAGAUCAUUUUAAUAAUGACUCCUUCCCUGUGGUAGUGGUCUAGGUAGCACAAGUAGCAAUGGUCAUGGUUAGGAUUGCCUGGCACUUACCAUUAUAAGACCAUGUUUUCAAUUGCUUAGAACUUUACCAAACUUAGACCAUUUCAUUGGGGCUGAAAUUUUCCACAUGAGGUGGCUGCCUCUGUCUGACUUUUUUGCACAUUUUCAGUUAAAAUGGUUCGGCCAUUUCCAAGGAUGAGAUUAGGGCUAGGGUUAUUAUGUAUCAGCUGAAAUAAUAUUAACAAUCAACCAUACGCUUCACCACUUAUCCUGUUGGUUUGUUCCUUGCACUAAAUCCUGCUUGGACAAUGAAAGCACUGGUAAGUUUUUUAUCUUGUUUCUCUGCUCAGUUUCACGUUGAGAUUCACUCUGCUGCCGUGUUGGGGUUGCAGACACCUCAGGGGAAGGUUUUAAAUUCAAACCAAAAAACUUGAAAGAAACAAAAUAUCACAAAACCAUUUCUAUUAAUAUUCAGUUUUAUGAAAAGUAGGAGGAGGUUCGGUUGGGGUCAAAACUGUCUGACAGGGAUCCUUCCAACCAGCCUGUCGGGAUACGUGCAGGGCUUCCUUAUAAACAUCCCCAAGGUGCUUCCUGUAGAUUGGCAUUGACUGACAUCUUUGGAAGUUCUGCCACGUGCAAGCAGUCCAAGUCAGAUCUUCCCCCAAGUCUAGAAGAUGACAUUGCAACAGGAAGUACUAGUUGUAAUGAAGAGCAGAACGGUCUGCUAACAUUUAUGAAAUUGUAUCUGUCUGGGUCUGGGACUUGUUGAAAUAUUGGCGUGGGGGCAGGGGGAGUGUUGUGAUUGAACAUAGCCAUCUGUGUAAGUGUGUAUAUGGGAGAGUGAUUGUAACAGGUGGUCUUGUGUGUGUGUUUGAAAGAGAUUGUACAUGGAUGCGUGUGAGUAUGUGUGAUAUAUCCUAUAUACGUGUGUGUGUGUGUGUGUGUGUGUCAGAGAAAGAGAGAUUGUACAUGGAUGCAUGUGAGUAUCCGAUUGUGUGUGUGUGUAUGCACAUGUGUGUACAAUAGUGUUACUUGCGGGGGGUGAGUGAGCAAGAGAGAGUAUUUAAAAACAGCACUCUGGGGUAGAGAGAGCUUGUCCCUCUCAAAAGAAACCCCAGUAACAGGGGUUUGACCUGCUGGCCAGCAGACCUCAGGUCUAAGCCGCCUCUAGCUCUGGGAAAGAGCUUGUGCCCAGUUCUGGAGGCGACAAGGGGAGGCACAGACUGUGCGAUGCCAGCACCACGGCCACCAGAGGGCUGCGUGACUUGCACUUUAAUUUUGUUUCCAACACUUAAGACAAAAAGAGAGAACUGCGGAGGGCCAGGAACCAGCGUAUUGAGCAACUCCUGCUUUGCCUCUUCUCAUUCACUGCCAGCACGAGGCAAGUACACCCAGAGCUCCCUUCCCUGCUUGUCCUGGGGGGAGGCCCCAGGAGAUUGUCCCCAAAAUACAGGACUCUGAGAAAUGAGGACUGCCCACUGUAGUGCGUGAAUCCUGCCUGUAUUGAAUGGGUUCGUUGCCCUACUCAUGUUUGACCUUCACCGUACAGUUUUGUCCAUAUUGCUUCCUAGGGUGCCCCAUCAUUGGCUGACUUGGAUUUCACUGCUUUUGUGGCUGGCUUGCUUGUGUCCGUCUGUCAUCUCCUAGGUCGGGAUGGAUUUUCCAUCCUGCCAGCAGCCCCCUUGAAAUGAUCACCAGGACCCUUAGUUCGUCACACCUUGGAUGGCUUGGUGGCAUUUCUUGCAGCGAACCAGCUGCUACUGGGCCCUCCUGGCUGUUGUGGUGUUGUGUGGGUUUCACUCCUGUGUCCUCUGAUGGUUUUAUCUGUGAAUGAACUGGUGUAGCCAUGGAAAUUCCUAUGCGUGUUUGUCUGUAAUAAACUACAGCUGGUACUAUU